CCAGACCAUUGCCAAUACCUAUCAUGAGUCUGCAGAAACAACGCUCACACCUCCAAUUUCCAGUGCUUCUGAUCCGUGUGGGGCUCCUUACGAUUUCUGCUCCAGGGUAUAUCGGCUUCGUCAAGCCCUAUAACAUCGUCAACAUGUGCGAUCUGCAGCAACCGAUGAGGCUUUCGCUCAUGAAGCAGGUCGACAUGCACUCCUAGCAGUGACAGCAGCCAUACACAGCGACAUUUUUCCUCAAUCACUGUCGGUGUGUCGCCUGUGUGUGUGACCAGUGAGUAGAGCGCUGUCUGAUCCAUUGAAGUAGACGAUGCUCUCGUUGUACAGCCGAUAAGCCUCUCUCAAGGUAUCCAGCUCCUCCAGAGGCAUCAAGCGCUCCACCUCAGCCUCCAAGUGAUGCAGCAGAUGGCCCAUGUCCACUGGAUUUGCGAGGACUUGACGGAAUAGCGAUUCUUUGUGAGCGCGCAGGCUGUCGUCAGCCUUCUGGUAGGCCGUGCGAAUGCGGUCGACCUCGUAUGUCUCAACGCACGUGUUGAGUCGCUCGGCGAGACUCCUUUGGCUGGCGGCAAACGCCUUGCGGAACUCGCGUUGUUUGUGGAGGUCCACGAUAGCGAGGUUCAUCACACCUUGCUGCCCCAUGUGGUUGUCCACUGUUGCACGAGCGAUGCUCUCGGCGUAGUCCAAAGGCGUGGUCGGCUUGCCGUCACGUGUUGUUGGUCUCAGAGAACGCCAAUCCCAACCAGCGCCGCUAACGAGGGUCUCGCUGCCUACACGGCAGCACAACGAAAGACGCACGAUACGUAAAGAAGCAGAGCGGCUUCGCUCCUGUGCGUGUCGUCUGUUACCGAGGAAGCAGUGCCCAUGUGAGGACAGUGCGGAGAUGACCUCGUAUGAGCUCAUCAGGCACGCAUCGAAUGAGAGCAAGUCAAAGCGAAAGCCAUCAGGCAUGCCCGCAUCAUUGAUUCCUCCCUACAGGAAAAAGACAAGAAAUUGAGUGGUCAGGGCCGUUUGAUUCGAUGUCUUUCUGCUUACCCUGAUGGCCUGCUCGAGAGAGAAGUGAGCCAUCAGGGAUCCCGAUUGACCGCUCUGAGAGUCGCCGCCAAACCUGCCCAGAAACACCAUGCAGCCCACCGAAGGAUGACGCUCUGCAACCUCAUGUGUGACAAUUCAUUCAUUCGGAAUGCGCGUACUCAGUCUGUACAUACAUAGACCAGCCAGCCCAUUUAUGGCUUGAUAAUGCAUCCAUGUGAUGUACACCGAUGUCAAGCCAAUGGUUGAGCGGA